CUUUCAGAGCUCACUAUGUCUUCAGAAGAAAUAAGCGAGAGUUCUGAUAAGAACGAACAACAUGAGUUGGUUUCACGAAAUAAAAUGAACAUUUAUGAUCCACAGUAUUGGAUUACUAAGCUAGGUUCUGAAGAAUCAAAAGUUUUCGAAUGGAUUCCACGAAUGCCUCCAGUGAGCAGGGUUAGCGCUUACAACACUGGGAUAUUUUCCACAAAGUGUAGCCAGAAAAAGAGAUGGUGGAAGCAGUUUGCCGAAGAAAGUGAAUGGCGAGAUAAGGGCAAAUUUCAAUCCAUAUGCCGAACCUUGAAGGGUCAAAUCGCAGGUACAGAAACAUUCAGCUACUUUAGGAGUUAUUUUACGUUUGGAGAGAGAGGUUCUGGCGUCAGGGCCAGAGGAGAAAUUCAGGAUUUUGAGAAAUUACGAGAUAAAUGCUUGAGAGAAGGUCGAUUAUUCGAAGAUCCGGAGUUUCCUGCCACGGACAUCUCCAUCUUCUACAGCCGGACUCCCCCUAGGCCAUUUGAAUGGAAACGUCCCCACGAACUUGCUGAAGAUCCAGUGUUGUUUCACGAGGGCGCCACUAGAUUUGAUGUUGUCCAGGGAGAGCUUGGUGAUUGUUGGUUAUUAGCUGCUGUGGCUAACUUAACCUUGAAUCAGGGACUUUUCUACCAGGUAGUGCCAGAUGACCAAAGUUUUAGUAGUGACUACGCGGGUAUUUUCCAUUUCCGAUUCUGGCAGUAUGGUCGCUGGAUUGAUGUUGUAAUUGAUGACCUAUUGCCUACCUAUAGGGGGCGUCUUGUAUUUAUGCACUCCACUGAGAAGAAUGAAUUUUGGAGUGCUCUUCUAGAGAAAGCAUACGCAAAGCUGCAUGGAUCCUAUGAAGCUCUUAAAGGAGGAACAACAUGCGAGGCUAUGGAAGACUUCACUGGAGGAGUGACAGAAUCUUUUGAGUUGAAGAAAGCCCCUCCUAACAUGUUAAAAAUUAUGCUGAAGGCUUAUGAAAGAUGGUCACUGAUGGGUUGUUCCAUAGAGCCUAAUCAACAAAUCACAGAAAUGGAACUAUCAAAUGGUUUAAUCUGUGGUCAUGCCUAUAGUAUCACAGCCAUUCGCAUGGUUGAGGUUAACACCCCACGUGUCAAUGGAAAGAUUCCUCUCCUAAGAAUUCGUAACCCAUGGGGUAAUGAAUGUGAAUGGAAGGGUCCAUGGAGUGACAGGUCUCCAGAGUGGACAAUGGUUAGUGAAAAUGAGAGGAAGGAGUUAGGACUUACAUUUGAUCAUGAUGGAGAAUUCUGGAUGUCAUUCAAAGACUUUCUACAGAAUUUUACACGUCUGGAGAUAUGUAACCUUCACCCUGACUCAUUAACUGAUGAUCCCUUGACUAAAGUGUCCAAGAAAAAGUGGGAUACUCACGUGUUUGAAGGAGGCUGGGUCCGAGGUGUAUCAGCUGGAGGAUGCAGAAACUUCUUGGAUACAUUUUGGAUUAAUCCACAAUACAACAUCACUCUUGAAGAUGUGGAUGAUGAUGAUGAUGAUGAAACUUGCACAAUGAUAGUGGCUUUGAUGCAGAAAAAUCGUAGAUGUAAGAAAAAGAUGGGAUUAGAUUGCCUUACUAUUGGAUUUUCAAUCUACCAUUUGAAAAAUGCAGAAAGCCUUCCUAAACCAUUAGCCAAAGACUUUUUUAAGUACAAUGCAUCUGUUGCCAAAUCUCCAUCUUUCAUUAACCUUCGAGAAGUCAAUGCCCGGUUCAAGCUCUCCCCUGGUACCUACUGUAUUAUUCCCUCAACAUUUGACCCAGGAGAAGAAGGAGAUUUCAUUCUUAGAGUCUUCACAGAAAAAGAAAACAAAAUGAGCGAGUAUGAUGAGAAAAUAGAAUUGCUGAAACCAGAUGAUGAGCCCAAGGCACCAGCUAAGCCUAAACACAGCAUGUCAAAAUUGCAUGUACAAGUAAAAGAAUCACAAGAAGAGAAAGAUAAGGAUUCACAAAUAAAGGACUUUUUUUCACGAAUUGCUGGAGAAGAUUUGGAAAUUGAUUGUUAUGAACUCCAAGAAAUUUUGAACUUUGCUCUAAGAAAAGAAUUCAACUUUGAUGGGUUUUCUGUGGAUGUCUGUCGAAGCAUGAUAGCUAUGAUGGAUGUUGAUCGCUCUGGGAAACUUGGACUGGAGGAAUUUAAAAACCUAUGGAUGGAUGUCCGUAUGUGGAAGAAUGUUUUCAAAAACUAUGACAAAGAUGGCUCUGGGUUUCUCAACACCAUGGAGCUAAGAAUGGCCCUGAACUCAGCUGGGUAUCGUGUAAACUUUCACAUUCUCAGAGCAUUGGUCAUCAGAUAUGGAAAAAAUGAAAAGAUCAGUUUUGAUGACUUCAUUAUGUGUGCUGUUAAGCUUAAAACAAUGAUUGAAACCUUUAAUGAAAAGGAUCCUCGUCGACUUGGGAAAGCUACUUUCUCUUUGGAUGAAUGGGUGGAAAAGACCAUGUACACCUGAUCUGACAUUUACAAGGAUUCAGCUUGAAAGCAUUUUUAACAUUACUGUAGUUGUAACGUUUGCUGUGACCAUGCCAAAGUUAUUUUGUCAUUGUUGUUCAUUUCUUAAUCAUACUAAAGGUCUGGUAGCAGACUAAGCUAUUACAAUUACUAAUAUCAUGCAAAGCUCAAGGAAUGAUCUUGUCAGAAUAUCAAACUUUGUUUAAGAAUUAAUAUUAUUUAUUUACAAACUUUUUUUCAGUUUAUACCAGUUACUGUAAGUAUUUAGUUAAAAGCUUAAACAUUAAAAUCAGUUUUUAAAUUCUUAUUUAGUUUACAAGUUAAUCAUUUCAGCCUAACUUAUAUAACUUUAGAGUGUCCACAUGACAGAGAAUUACUUGGAGGAUUUUAUCCAUUCACUGCAUGGACAAUGCUUAGUUUCUGAUAUAUAUAUAUAUAUUCGCUUGCAUAUUCAUUAACAACUUAUGUUAUUUAGACAACCAUAAUUUCAGGUUAAACAGUAUUACAGGUUACUUUUUAAUCUGUGUUUUAUCAUUUAUUAUUGACCACCUCACCUUAGGGAAACUCUUAUUGUCCUUUUCUAAGUUUUAAAAGUUAUAGAACUUAAAUUGUGUUUUAUGUAUGAGCAGAAAAAUCCAGGUUUUGUUUUUUGGAGUAGUAGUUUUUUUUGCCUUUAAUACACCUAUGUAGUGAGUUUUUGUUUUUUGUGUAAUUAAGUCACAUCAUAAAAGCACCAAAACAGUAGUGUAAUAUAAAUGUUAUUAUACAAUGUAUUAUCUCUACCUACAUAUAAUACUGGUAUUUUUAUAAUGCAGUCUUGGCUUAUUUUAUUUUAUGAAGUUGUAAUUGUUAUUAAAAAUAGCAAUACUUUACCAGUGUUCUUCUGAUGUGUCUAAUAAACAAUAGACAUGAUCUUAAUGCUAUCUUCACUAUGAUAAAGUAAAAACGUUUUCUCUUUAUCUACAAAUACCAUGAUCAUUUUACCAUGAUUGUUUACAUAUGUUUUGAUAAUUGAUCUAUACAUGUUUACUUAAAAAUCAAGAAUGAUGGGUAGUUUAGAACAAUAUUUUUAACAUUAUUAUUCAUGGUUCUUCCAAGCCCAAUAUAUCUGAUUACAACUUCCAGAUUGAAUACCAGAAAAAAUUCCAUUAACUGUUAAUAAUUCCACAAAUAUUUUGUCAAAAAGUAAUUGUAUGCUAUGUUUAAUUUCUCAGUUAUAUUAAACUGCAUCUGAUACUACAUUAUAUAAUACAAUAGUACCUUGCUCUCAACAUGAAAAUAACUGGUUAAUUUUACUCAUGAAUUUUUUUCAAUUGUAUGAAAUGCUUAAUAUUAUUAAACAUCAACAGAUUGUAGCUUAACAGAUUCUUUGCACUUAAAGUAAAUUUGAUAGUAAGCUUGUAACAAAACUGAGUGCUGAUUAACAGUGAUAAUGAACACUCAACAAAGGUGGAAAGAAAUUGCAUGCUGUUCUAAUGAGGUAAAAUUAUUUCUUCAUUGCAAUUAAAUUCAUAUGUUAAACUUUAGUAAAAAUUUAAUUUUUUUGGACAAUACAAUGUUACUGUUUUAGGUAACUUUGUACCUAUCUUCUGUUUAUUUUGUGGGAUUUUGAGUUGUUUCUUAAGUAAAAAUUUUCUUUUUAUUACAUAUUCUAUAUACAUAAUUGCUUGUUUGAAAAUUUUUAUGUAGUUUGUG